AUGGCAAGAAGCAUCACACUCGUUUUGUACACCGCAGCCUUGCUGGCAACAUCCGCUCACGCGCAGUUCGGCUACGGAUGGUGGGGCGGCAACAAUGAUCGCGACGGCUGCCCGCCCUGGGCGAGCGACUGUGACGACUCGGACGACAACGGCAGCAGCGACGACUCGUCCUCCAACGGCGUCACGCAGGGCGCUCUCUUUACGGACCCUGCCCAAUUCGACAAGGCAACGCGGAUCCUGAUCGCUCAUGCUGUCCUGGCAUCCGUCGUCUGGGUCAUGUUCAUCCCGUCCCUGGCCAUCCUGCUCCGCCUCAACCUGAAGAACCCGAUCGUGCUCAAGAUCCACGCCGUCGGCCAGAUCCUCAGCUAUGUCAUCUACGUGGUCGCCGCUGGGAUGGGCAUCUGGCUCGCUCAACAGCUGGACCCGUAUUCCGACGUCUGGAGCGACCCUCACCCGAAACUCGGCCUUGCCAUCCUGGCGUUGGCCUUCUUCCAACCCAUCUUCGGAGCCAUCCAUCAUUCCAUCUACAAGAAACGCGCCCAGAACGUGGACAGCGGCAAGCCCACCAAGCCGCCCGGCCGAACAGCACCAGGCCACGUCCACCUCUGGCUCGGGCGUGGUCUCAUCGCGCUUGCCAUCAUCAACGGCGGCCUAGGCAUCCGACUGGCGUCGUUCAGUCCAUUCCAGACGGAUGCGACAUCCACCAAAGUGAAGAUCGCCUAUGGCGUUAUUGCCGCGACCAUGGUCUUGCUCUACCUGUUCUUCGUGAUCGGGUUCGAGAUCAGAAGGGCGAGGAGCAGGGGCGAGGAGGAGGUGGGCGGCAGCAGGAGAGAGGAGGUCAUCAGGAACAAAGACGGCCUGCCCAGCUACGACGAGAGCGAGGAGUCGGUCGGCCGGAGCACUCGAUCUGGCCCAUCCGCCAGGACGGUCUAA